AUGCAAGUUAUAAAUGGAUAAACUUCUACGACUACACGACACCCUUAAGCCUCUAACGUAUGCCACCCCUCUUAUUUACUAGAGUUUUAUUGCGUUGUAGGGUGUACCCAAUAGAUAGGGUAAAACGGGGGCGUAAGUUGUAGCAAGGAUUACAUAACUAGAUUAGCAGCUUCCGGCUUAAACGACUCUUCGUUUAUGAAGCAUAAAUCAAACUAUAAAAAGUCAACUAUAAUUUCUUUGACUCGUCACGCUAAUAAUAACAAGAAGUAAACAAUCCGUCACGCCGGAUAUACAUAACGGUGUCGGGAUGUUUGUCAGUAAAAACGUAUAGUAUUUAAGCCGCAAAAAAUCCACGUUAUCGUCUUUAUAAUCGUGGUCGUGAAUUUUGGUGUGAAGGUUGAAAGUAUUGGAUUAUCAGCGUGACAAGAUAUUUAUCAUGACUCCUGAAUCAGUUGAAAAUAUUUCAUCAAGAUUUCUCAUCAUAUAGUGAAAUUGGUUGACGUGUGAUUGGUUGUUUGCAGAAUUCAAGGGGUGUUCCUAGGAGAUCUGGAAGAAAUCUUAUUAACAGUGAAAUAUACAUCUUGUCGAUUGCUGCUCUGUUAACAACGUUACGGCGAGUGAAGAGGAGAUUUUUGAACAACUCAAAUUUCCUGCCUUCGUCGUAAAGCGCAUAUUGAUAAGAAAAAAAUAUAAUUACGCAUAUUCAGCGUUGUUAUGCAGUAUACCUCAAGUUGUGGUUACAAUGGUACUAUUUCAUGGAUAUAAGUGGCGCGUGUAGAAGGUGUUUUUUUUGAACGAACGAUAUUAUAUAUAUACCGUUAUGCGCGAUAAUAUAUCACGAGUUUAUUUUAUCAUGACUUUAUCCAAAGAAAAGUUUGUUCGAGCCUUACUGAUACUGUUGUUACAACAUAUGAUAUGCUGGCAAUUAAUAGAUACAUCUGCUGCAAAUGACGGCUUUAAAAAAAUUACCGUUAUACCUAACGAACUUUCAUGUGAGCAGUUCAUCAAACGAACGCUACUUCUAAAUAGCGAUAUAUGUUCGAGAGAAAAUUACACGAACUCGAGUAAAGAGGGAAACAAUAAUAAUAGUAAUAAACUUAAUAAUAAAUUUAGAACUAGAUUUUAUGAAAUUAAAUCACCCUACAGAGACUUUUACAUAUUACUAAAUGAAUUCAAUCACGAGUUCUUGGCACCGAAUUUUCAAAUCGACGAGAGGUUCGGCGAUCUCUAUCAACAAACCACAACCGACGAAGAAGAAAGACAUUGUUUUUAUAAAGGACGGGUCAUCACCGAUGUCUCUUCCAGUGUAACUUUGAAUAUUUGUGGGGGAUUGCAAGGCAGAAUCGGAACGACAACGGGUGAUUAUUUUAUAACACCUACUAAAGUCAGUAUAUCCGAUGCGGUCGAACAUAUCUUAUACAUUCCGGAUGAAAAAUUGACAUCUGCGCGCAAACAUUCUUCGAGUUGCGGUAGCACAGAUGUUUAUAAAAACCAGCCUCAGAAAAUAAUCCAUAAUUUCGAGUUUACGUUUGGAAAAUCUGGCAACUUACAAUUAGUGCCCAUAACCUCUCGACAAAGAAGGGCAUUGUCUGUAAGGAGAUAUAUUGAAACAAUGGUAGUUGCUGAUGAGUCGAUGUAUAUACAUUAUGGUAAAAAAGAAGUAGAAUUACGGCGUUACCUGCUAUCUAUAAUGGCUAUCGUAACCAACAUUAUGAAAGAUAGUUCUAUUGGUAAUUCUUUAGAUGUAUCAGUUAUUAAACUUGUUAUAUUAAAGAAAAACCCGCCAAGUUUAAAGGUAACAUCUAAUGCAGCAAGGUCAUUAAAAAGGUUUUGCAAGUGGCAAAAAAGAGAAAAUAAGCCCAACGAUGAUAACCCAGAACACCAUGAUGCUGCAAUCCUGUUAACACAUAAAGAUUUGUGCUCUUCUUCUGGCAAAUGUGAUACUCUUGGUCUUGCUGAUCUUGGCAGUGUUUGUGAUCCAAUUCGUAGCUGUGCAAUUGUAGAAGAUAAUGGUUUGAGUGUUGCAUUCACAAUUGCUCAUGAACUAGGUCAUCUGCUAAAUGCUCCACAUGAUGGAAACAGCAAACAUUGCACUGAUAGUAACAUUCAUAUUAUGACACCCACUUUUAGCAUUAAUGCAAAGACAUGGACAUGGUCUAAAUGCAGUCGAAAACAUAUUACAAAUUUUUUGGAGUCAUCUCAGGCUCGUUGCUUACUUGAUAAACCUUCGCCGCAGUUUGAACAUCCUUUGCCUCGUAAAUUGCCAGGGCAAAUGUUUUCCAGAAAUGAGCAAUGUCAGCUUAUAUUUGGUAAAAAAUCGUAUAUUUGCCCGUUUAUGAGAUGUCGCCAGAUUUCAUGUGUACAUGUAACGAGAGGAAGGAAGUCGUGUCAAACAAAUAGUAUGCCAUGGCAAGAUGGGACACCUUGCUCAACAAAUUCGUGGUGCAUAAAAGGUGUCUGUGAAAAGAAGAAAAAGAUGAACCCAGUUCAUGGGAACUGGGGGAGUUGGGGACAAUUUAGUAAAUGUUCCAGACCAUGUGGUGGAGGAAUAAAAGUAGCAACUAGAGAAUGCAAUAACCCAAAACCUAAAUACGGUGGUAACUACUGUAUUGGACAAAGACAUGAUUAUAAAUCUUGCAAUACUAUGAAAUGUUCAGAUGAGAAAAUGUCAUUUCGCGCUAAACAAUGUAGAGCGUUUAAUGGUAAAGAUCUUGGAAUACAAGGAAUACAUGCAAAUACAAAAUGGGUUCCAAGAUAUGGUGAGGUUGCAAAAGAGGAUCAUUGUAAAUUGUUUUGUCAUGUACAAGGUUAUGGAAUAUACUACCAACUUGCUUCAAAAGUAAUUGAUGGGACAAAAUGUGAAAAGGGAUCCAAUGAUAUAUGUGUUGAUGGGGAAUGUAAGCCUGCAGGUUGUGAUAAUAUUUUGGGUUCGAAGGCAAAAUUAGAUAGUUGUGGAGUAUGCAAUGGAGAUAAUUCGACAUGUCGAACUUAUGCUGGUUAUAAAAACAGCACAAGUGCAGGCUACAAUUUUGUUGUGCAUGUACCAAGAGGAGCAAGUCAGUUAAAAGUGGUACAGAUAUCAGAUUCUGGAAAGCACGAUUCUGUAUUUUUAGCUCUACUUGACAAUCGACGGAAAAAUAUUUUUAAUGGUAAUUGGAUAGUAUCCCUUGGUAGAGGACGGUAUCAAUCAUAUGGUACAACAGUGUUUUAUUCUGGUCCCAAUGAAGUGAAAGAAACAAUAGAUGUUCCAGGAUUCUUAAAAACACCAUUAGAAAUCCAUGCAUUAAGCAUUGUCCCAAGCAAUUCUUCCAACAUACGUUAUUCAUACAAAUAUCCUAUUCGUGGAAAGCAGAAGUACAAAUGGAUGCUGAGCAAAAAAUGGAGUUCUUGUUUUCCCGUCUGUCAAGGCUAUCAGAUUCGCGAGUAUGAAUGCCAUCGUGAAAUUGACUCACAGAUUGUAUCUCACACCAAAUGUUCUGGCAGAAGACCACAAGGAAAACAUCGAGUUUGCAAUCAACAUUGUACAUUGACUUGGAAAGUAUCAAAAGAGGAAUGUAUGCCGAUAAACACUUGUGGAAAUGGUGUUCAGGAUCAAACAGUUCUUUGUGUGAAACACAGUAAGACUGGUACUGUCAAACAACUAUCGCAUCAUGAGUGUCACAAAGCAAAAAUAGGGAAAAUGCCACCAAGGGAAAUUCCAUGUUUUUCUCCAUGCACCAGAGUUCGAUGGGUUUACACCUCAUGGAGUAAGUGUAACCAAAGUUGUGAUGGUGGCACACAGAACCGCACUGCAUUGUGUAUUGACCAAAAAACCAACUCCACAUUAAAAGAUAAAAAAUGUAAACACACAGAUAGAGCAAUUUUGGUGAAGUCGUGUAACACACACACAUGUCCAAAGUGGCACACUGGUGCUUGGACUGGGGUGUGCUCAGUGACGUGUGGCCGGGGAUAUGUAGAAAGACUGGUCUACUGCGUGGUUGCAGGAAAACGAGUCAGUGACAAAAAGUGCAAGGAAGUGAAAAAACCUGGCCAAACAAGACCUUGUCUCAUGAGCCCAUGCGCAACAUGGAAAGCAAGGGCGUGGUCAAGGUGUUCAAAGUCAUGCGGAGGAGGGUAUCAAAUUCGGGAAGUGUAUUGCGAAACUGGUGCGGGUGAGAACGUCCCUGACGAUGAAUGCAAUAUUAAGGACAAGCCUGACAAUCGAAGAAAAUGUUUCGAGAAAGCAUGUCAGCUCAAUGUCAAGCUUGUAUUUAAGAAUCCUAAAGAGACGAAUGUCCUCACACGUGUCAGAUGGAUGGCGGAAACCUGGGGAGAGUGCUCAAAAUCUUGCGGCAAAGGAAUUCGGGAACGUGUUGUUGCAUGCAUGUCUAACAAUGGGAUCCUCAAAGAAUCAAAAUGUAGCGCAUCCAGAAAGCCUGUUACAAAAGAAUUCUGCAACGUCUUCUCGUGUCCUUUCUGGAGACACGGGGCAUGGAGUAAAUGCACAAAACCUUGCGGUGGUGGUACUCAAACACGAUUAGUGCUGUGUGGUUACAACGGAACUAUAGUGACAGACGAAUGGUGCGUAUUAGAUGGGAAGCCAAAAGAAAGACGAUACUGUAAUCUAAUUGAUUGUAAGCCUACUGGCGAUUCCUCUAUUAUGGUGAUUUCACCUGUGUCGACUGGCUGGAGAGCUGGGGAAUGGUCUAAAUGUUCUGCAUCUUGUGGUGUCGGCGUGAAGAAAAGACGUGUUCGUUGCAUCAGCGAAGAAAAGAAUUGUCCGGUUGUUUUUAAACCAAAAGAAAUCCUUACCUGCAACAGCGGAACAUGUCCCGGAUGGAAUUAUGGGCAGUGGACGCCGUGUUAUGCUGACGAGGAAUGUGGCAAAGGUUGGCAAGCCCGACUUGUAGUAUGUCAAAUGGAUAAUGGUAGUAUUUUACCCAACAAUGCUUGCCAUUUUCGAUAUAAACCUGUAAAUAAUAAAACCUGCGAGUUAGAACCGUGCAAGAGAAAUGCAGUUUGGUCUACAACACCAUGGCAACCUUGUAAUGUGCCGUGUGGAGUUGGAGAACAAUUUCGUUAUAUAUCUUGUGAAGACCGUAAACAAAAGAGACUUCCCGACUCGGAUUGUCUCGCAUACGAAAAAAGACCAGUACAAAGAAAAACUUGUAGACGUUCACUGUGUCCUAAAUGGGUUGCUGGAGACUGGGGCGAGUGUGACACUUUGUGCUACCACCGUCGUACUGUUCGAUGCAUGCGUGGUCAAGAGUACCUCAAUGACAAUCAAUGCAAAGUCGACCUAAAACCCCUCGAAGAAAAGGAGUGCUCGAAUGAAAAUUGUGUUCGUUUGCCAACAUUUAAAUGGAGACCAGGUCAGUGGUCACCGUGUAGUUCCACAUGUGGCUAUUCGUUGCGUUCAAGAAGAGUGAUUUGUAUUAACGAAAGAGAACUUGCUGUGCACGAAUCGCAUUGUACUGAGGAGAAGCCAAAGCAUAUCGAGCAAUGUUUUGAAGGACCUUGUCCUCCAAAAUGGGUUAGCAGACCAUGGUCAGAGUGUUCAGUGACUUGUGGAAAUGGUGUCCAAUCACGUGACGUUGAUUGUGAAGAUCCAACUGGUUUAAAAACCAAAGAUGAAGCUUGUCGAUCAACUGCAAGACCUUCACGUACGCGACCAUGUAGUAGAGGACAUUGUGGAGAUAAAUACCGUUGGGUGGCGAGCAGUUGGACGGAAUGUUCGCGAUCAUGUGGUGUUGGUGAGAUGAGACGUGGUGUGCUGUGUUACAACAGUCACAAUGUGACGCAACAUCACAGCAAGUGCGUGACCGACGAUAUGCCACCUAAUAUGAAAGUAUGCAAUACACAUAAUUGCCCGUUUGCGUCAUGCCGCGAUAUUAAAGUCAAUCUUAAUGUUAAAUUCGAUGGUGAACAGACCUUACAUGUUGGAAAUCAGUCACUUAUUGUUUACUGCGAAGGCAUGCAUAGACACAACCCUAAGGAAUACAUUACUCUUAAAACCGAUCCUAAAGAAAAUUUUGCUGAAAUAUACGGAAAAAGAUUGACUGAUUCAAAGCAGUGUCCCAAUGGAGGAGAGCGUCAAAGCCCAUGUAAAGAUUGUGUUGAUUACACAGCAUCUGGUGUCACCUUUUUUAAGAAAGUUCGUUUUGAUGUUAAAAGAGUGGCCAUAGUUCCGGAAGAUAAAACAUUUGCUGAUCAAUUUGGUCGAAAUCCGCCUGGUUUCGCCACAGCUGGUGAUUGCUACAGCGGCGCACAAUGCCCACAAGGUCGUUUCAUGGUCAACCUAGAGGGAACGGGUUUACGUGUAGCAGGGAAUGUCAAGUGGACAUCAAGAGGAUAUCAUACGUCACAAAAAAUCAGGAGAUUUAAGGAAGGACAAGUGAUUGAGGGAAAGUGUGGAGGCUACUGUGGGGUGUGUUCUCCGGAUUAUUACGACGGACUUAAAGUUGAAAUCGUAACUAGGUGACGCUAACCUUAAAUAG